AUGCAAUUUGAAGUGGUUGGAUUCAAUGAACUCAAAGCAUUGUAUCUUGAGGAUCUUGAUUUUGCAGAGGCUUGGAAAGAUUGCAAGGAGCUUGUUACUUUAGACAGGACAAAGUGGCUAGAUUUCAUAAUCCGGGAUGAUAUUUUGUUCAAGGGAAGCCAGUUAUGCAUUCCAAGGAGUUCCCUGAGGGAUAAUUUAAUUAAAGAUAAGCAUAGUGGAGGGAUUGCAGGACACUCUAGCCAGGAUAAGACCAUUGCCAUCAUCAGUGAACAUUAUUAUUGGCCUGAGUUAUCAUGGGAUGUGAAGAAAUUUGUGCAGAGUUGUUGA